AUAGUUAUAUCCCUUCUCCCCUUCUCGAACGCAAAGCACCCUCUGCUCUUCUCUCUCGAUCGAAUUGUAUUGGAACGGAGAGCCUCGCAAAGUAUAGGUACAUGGGCCGCUCCUUAAGCGACUCCUCCGGAGCCUUCAGCGAAUGCAACAGCGACUGCUCCGGCGAGUUCUCCCCCACCUCCACCGGCGGCGCCGCCCACCACCGCCUUCUCAUCUCCUGCGCUGCCGACUACUCCGACGAUGUCGUCCGCGACCUCAUCUCGGACCUCGAAUCCCCCUCCGUCCCCAUCGAAUCCCAGAGACACGCCGCCAUGUUCCUCCGACUCCUCGCUAAGCACAGCUCGGAGAACCGCCUGAAGAUCGCCCGUGCCGGCGCCGUCCGCCCCCUCGUCGCUCUUCUCUCCCACGCUGACCCCCAGCUCCAGGAGCACGGCGUCACCGCCAUCCUCAACCUCUCCAUCUGCCCCGAGAACAAGGAUCCCAUCGCCGCCGCUGGCGCCAUCCGGCCCCUCAUCCUUGUCCUCAAGACCGGUACCCCCGCCGCCCGCGAGAACGCCGCCUGCGCCCUCCUCCGCCUCUCCGAGAUCGAGGAGCACAAGAUCGCCAUCGGCCGCUCCGGCGCGAUCCCCCACCUUGUCAACCUCCUCGAGACCGGCGGCCAGAGGGGGAAGAAGGACGCCUCCACGGCGCUCUUCUUGCUGUGCUCCACUCGGGAGAACAAGAUCCUAGCCGUCAAGGACGGGAUCGUGCGGCCGCUGCUGGAACUGAUGGCGGAUCCGGGGUCCGGGAUGGUAGACAAGGCGGCGUACGUGCUGAACUCGGUGGUGGCGGUGGCAGAGGGGCGGACGGCGGCGGUCGAAGAGGGGGGGAUUCCGGUGCUCGUCGAGAUGGUGGAGGUCGGCACCCAGCGACAGAAAGAGAUCGCGAUGUUGACGCUCCUCGAGAUCUGCAAGGAGAGCGUCGCCUACCGGACGAUGGUCUCCCGUGAGGGCGCCAUCCCGCCGCUCGUCGCGCUCUCCCAGUCCGGCGCCACCCGGGCCAAACAGAAGGUGGAGGAGUUGAUUGAGCUGUUACGGCAGCCGAGAGCAGCGGAGGGCGGGGAAGGGCGGCGGAGGAGGGGAUGAGGAGGCCGGCGGCGCGGCGCGGUGCCACGUGGCGGGUUUUUGUCGAUUGGAUGGGAUGGGAUCAUGGUGCUGGGUCGUUUGGAUGUAAAUAUAUAUGGGACCGAGAGUGAGUGUACAUUUCUUUCUGGAGUCCUGAAAGGGAUACUCAAAGUGAGUGUGUUGAGGUUUGGCAAGCGCGGUUGUGAAAAGAAUAAUUUCAGAAUUUAACUCCUAUAACAUUGUGAAUUUGUGAUACUGUUUGAUA